AUGGAAAUUUCGUGGUUGCUGAUUUUCGGCUGGUGUCUCGCAUCGGUCACGAGUUUCGAUCUUGGACCGAUCAUCAGGAUCGCGCAGUGCAGAUCGCAAUGCCUCAAAAAGCAUACCGCCGAUGGGAUUUGCGAUUGGUACACAGGACACCAGCAAACCACUUGCAGCAUGUGCUGGCAGUACUGCGAGGCCCUCGAGAACCGGUGGGAGAAGACGAGAACCAUUUGCGAGGGCGACCAGUAUCUACAUUGUCCAGCGUGCCAAACAGCCUGCACUUUCCGGAAAACGAGGGUGGAGGAAAAGUACCUCCCGUCGAUGUUGCCAGCACCAAAGAAGGCGCCCAUCAACUUGGACAAAUUCGACGUGUCGGUAGUGAUGCGCAAACUGUACAAGCAAUGGCGAGUGAACGGAUACUAUCCUGGUGAACGGACACCGAGCCUUAAGCCGGACACCUGGAUAAUCGUCGCGAUGGAGGACGGGGUCAAGCACUACAGUUGGCAAGAGUGGGUUCCGACGCUGGAGUCCUUGAAGGAAGGUCCUCUGUACGAGGCGACCAUCUCCUGGAAAGACGUCCAGACUCAGUUACAGAAACAGAGAGCUUUGCAGCAGGUUCGGUUCAACAAUCGGGUUAGACAGUUUUUCCUGGAAAAAUACGGAGAAAAAGUACUAGCGGAAUGGCGAAGCCAGGAGGACUCUCAGAUCUCCGACGAGAUAUUCCGAAGGUUCUUCUUCAGAAGGAAGGACGACCGCGCCGACGAGUCGUUGGAAGCCGACAACACACCCUCCACCAGCAGCGCCUACAACGACAGGAUGGACAAGGACCAAUCGGGUAACAAGGAGUCGUACGUGGUGUCCUGGGAGCCCGAGACAGGGGGCCUUAUGGGAAACCAAGUGGCGGACUCGAAUACUGCGCAGAUUUCUCUGACCCCUGGCACCAAAUACCUUGUCAGGAUCGCCUCGAACGACGGGCCAGGCAGCUUUCCCAUCGAAGUGGACACGAGGUCCAAUUCCGUUCAGGCUGAAAGGAUAGAGUCGACGUUUCAGGACCUCUACCCUUGGGACAUCGUCGCUGCCUACGUGUCCGCGGCGAUCUUAGUGGUCGUCGUCAGUAUGAUCAAAGUGUGCAAAAAGAGCAAGAGCUUCGAGGUGGAGGAAGUUUGA